CGAUCAUCAGUUCCUGCGCAUAAUCUUUUACAGAACCAUUCCACGCUUGCGUCAUUCCUAGCAACGAUGGCCGCGGGAAUGAUAGAUUUAGUCCGACAGGCGGUCCGCAGCAUGCUCGCUGCUCUGCAGAUGCCCGAUGUCGAUGAGGACGAGCUUGACGACUUGACUCUUCGCACUGGUCACACAGUUCAGAAACGUCUUGUAGAGAUAAAAAGGAGAGGCGUGCCUCAACUCCUGCCCCUUCAUUUUCCAAAGAGAAGAAGAUGACGUAUCCCCUCAAAACACUCCUCCGCAUUCUCCUCCUUCCGCAGAUACCUCGAAUAACCUUACUUUACGCAAAUCGAGCCGCAUAGAGUCUAGUACAAAAAGAUCAUAUGAUGGCAUGCAAGGUAGACACGAUGGGGCACGAGGCUACGCAAGAAGUUCAAGUAUAGCGUUCAAGAGAUACCAGGAACGAGAGGAUAAUCUUAUGGCAGUAGAUGGUGUCAGAGACACGACCGAUGAAUACCCUAACAGCGACCCUGCAACAAAUACACCGUCGGAAGUUAUCCAAAAGCCUGUGAACAAGACUACUUCUGCAGCACCGUCUACUAAUUCCUCCCUCUUCAAAAAGCCUCCCAGCAGCAACCCGAUAGCGGAGACCACUACGGGGACGACUACCGUAUCUGCCGAAGAUCACUCGAAUAAUAUGACCGCCCCAUACACUGCUGGAGGAGAUGCUCCUACAAGCGACCCCGGUGCGGAUUGCAUCGAAACUACCACUGGUUCUCUCCCACCGAAUGAGCUUAUUAAUAUAAAGCGGCCGGUUCUCGAUUAG